UCGGCCCUGGCCAGGCGGCGGCGGCAGGCGGGGUUUCUGGCCGCGCGGUUUGGGGGUUUUUUAUAACCCUGGCAGGCUGCUCAGGAAGUGCCUUCCCCGCGCCCCCUCCCCCGGCCACGCCGCCGCGCUCGCUCUCUCUCGCUCUCUCUCGCUCCCUCCCUUCCUGCGCGCGGGGCGGUGAGACUGCGGCGGCCACCGCGGACGGGAGGCCCCGGCGCGCAGGAGCCCAGUGAUGCUGCCCAGACUGUGAACAGGGGAGGCAGCACUGCGGGGGCUGCCAGCAGCCGGGACUGGGGAGAGACAUGUGGACACGUAGCCCCUAUGGCUCCCGCCUGCCAGAUCCUCCGCUGGGCCCUCGCCCUGGGGCUGGGCCUCACGUUCAAGGUCACACAUGCCUUCCGAUCUCAAGAUGAGUUCCUGUCCAGUCUGGAGACCUAUGAGAUUGCCUUCCCAACCCGUGUGGACCACAACGGGGCGCUGCUGGCCUUCUCGCCACCUGCCCUCCGAAGGCAACGUCGGGGAACAGGGGCCAUAGCUGAGACCCGCCUCUUCUACAAGGUGGCCGCACCCAGCACCCAUUUUCUGCUGAAUCUGACCCGCAGCCCCCGUCUGCUGGCAGGACACGUCUCCGUGGAGUACUGGACACGGGAGGGCCUGGCCUGGCAGAGGGCUGCUCGGGCCCACUGCCUCUACGCCGGCCACCUACAAGGCCAGGCCAGCAGCUCUCAUGUGGCUAUCAGCACCUGUGGGGGCCUGCAUGGCCUGAUUGUGACAGAUGAGGAAGAAUAUCUAAUCGAGCCCCUGCAAGGUGGGCCCAAGGGUCCCCGGGGCCCAGAAGAAAGUGGCCCUCAUGUGGUAUACAAGCGUUCCUCUCUGCGUCACCCCCAUCUGGACACAGCUUGUGGAGUAAGAGACGAGAAACCGUGGAAAGGUCGGCCAUGGUGGCUGCGCACUCUGAAGCCACCGCCUGCCAGGCCCAUGGGAAAUGAAACAGAUCGAGGCCAGCCGGGCCUGAAGCGUUCAGUCAGCAGAGAGCGCUAUGUGGAGACCCUAGUGGUGGCUGACAAGAUGAUGGUGGCCUACCACGGGCGCCGAGACGUGGAGCAAUAUGUGCUGGCCAUCAUGAACAUUGUUGCCAAACUUUUCCAGGACUCGAGUCUGGGAAACACCGUUAGCAUCCUUGUAACCCGCCUCAUCCUGCUCACAGAGGACCAGCCUACCCUGGAGAUCACCCACCACGCCGGGAAGUCCCUGGACAGCUUCUGUAAGUGGCAGAAAUCCAUCGUGAACCACAGCGGCCAUGGUAAUGCCAUUCCGGAGAACGGUGUGGCCAACCAUGACACAGCCGUGCUCAUCACACGCUAUGACAUCUGCAUCUAUAAGAACAAACCCUGUGGCACACUAGGCCUGGCCCCCGUGGGCGGGAUGUGUGAACGAGAGAGGAGCUGUAGUAUCAACGAGGACAUUGGCCUGGCCACAGCGUUCACCAUUGCCCAUGAGAUCGGGCACACGUGAGGCUGGGGGACACAGGAGAAGGAGGACGGGAGGAGUUGGGCUGGUCCCUCAGCACCCCACAGAGCUGACACCCCUCUCCCCAGAUUCGGCAUGAACCACGAUGGCGUGGGGAACAGUUGUGGGGCCCGUGGCCAGGACCCGGCGAAGCUUAUGGCCGCGCACAUAACCAUGAAGACCAACCCGUUUGUGUGGUCAUCUUGCAGCCGUGACUAUAUCACCAGCUUUCUGGACUCAGGCCUGGGGCUCUGCCUGAACAACCGGCCCCCCAGACAGGACUUCGUGUACCCAACGGUGGCGCCCGGCCAGGCCUACGACGCAGAUGAGCAGUGCCGAUUCCAACAUGGAGUCAAAUCGCGUCAGUGAGGUCUGCAGUGAGCUGUGGUGUCUGAGCAAGAGCAACCGGUGCAUCACCAACAGCAUCCCGGCCGCCGAGGGCACGCUGUGCCAGACGCACACCAUCGACAAGGGGUGGUGCUACAAACGGGUGUGUGUCCCCUUCGGGUCGAGGCCAGAAGGCGUAGACGGAGCCUGGGGCCCAUGGACUCCGUGGGGCGACUGCAGCAGGACGUGCGGCGGUGGCGUAUCUUCUUCCAGCCGUCACUGCGACAGCCCCAGGCCAACCAUCGGAGGCAAGUACUGUCUUGGCGAGAGACGUCGGCACCGCUCCUGCAACACCGACGACUGUCCCCCUGGCUCCCAGGACUUCAGGGAAAUGCAGUGCUCUGAAUUCGACAGUGUCCCUUUCCGUGGAAAAUUCUACACAUGGAAGACAUAUCGAGGAGGGGGCGUGAAGGCCUGCUCGCUGACAUGCCUAGCAGAAGGCUUCAACUUCUACACCGAGAGGGCCGCAGCUGUGGUGGAUGGGACGCCCUGCCGCCCAGAUACUGUGGACAUUUGUGUCAGCGGCGAGUGCAAGCAUGUGGGCUGUGACCGGGUUCUGGGCUCUGACCUGCGGGAGGACAAAUGCCGAGUGUGUGGGGGUGAUGGAAGUGCCUGUGAGACCAUCGAAGGGGUCUUCAGCCCAGCCUUGCCUGGGACAGGGUACGAGGAUGUCGUCUGGAUCCCCAAAGGCUCCGUCCACAUUUUCAUCCAGGACCUGAACCUGACUCUCAGUCACCUGGCCUUGAAGGGAGAUCAGGAGUCCCUGUUGUUGGAGGGGUUGCCGGGGACCCCCCAGCCUCACCGCCUGCCCCUGGCUGGGACCACCUUUCACCUGCGACAGGGGCCAGACCUGGCCCAGAGCCUAGAAGCCCUGGGACCCAUUAAUGCAUCACUCAUCGUCAUGGUGCUGGCCCGGACAGAGCUGCCUGCCCUCCGCUACCGUUUCAACGCACCCAUCGCCCGGGAUGCCCUGCCCCCCUACUCCUGGCACUAUGCACCCUGGACCAAAUGCUCAGCCCAGUGUGCAGGCGGCAGCCAGGUGCAGGUCGUGGAGUGCCGAAAUCAGCUGGACAGCUCAGCCGUGGCCCCUCACUACUGCAGCGCCCACAGCAAACUUCCCAAGAGGCAGCGGGCCUGCAAUACAGAGCCUUGCCCACCAGACUGGGUUGUAGGAAACUGGACGCGCUGCAGCCGCAGCUGCGAUGCAGGCGUGCGCAGCCGCUCCGUCGUGUGCCAGCGCCGCGUGUCUGCCGCCGAGGAGAAAGCGCUUGACGACAGCGCCUGCCCGCAGCCGCGCCCACCCGUGCUGGAAGCCUGCCACGGUCCCGCCUGCCCUCCCGAGUGGGCGGCCCUGGACUGGUCCGAGUGCACACCCAGCUGCGGGCCGGGCCUCCGCCACCGCGUGGUCCUUUGCAAGAGCGCGGAUAACCGCGCCACGCUGCCCCCUGCGCACUGCCCACCCUCAGCCAAGCCGCCCGCCACCAUGCGUUGCAACCUGCGUCGCUGUCCUCCUGCCCGCUGGGUGGCCAGCGAGUGGGGCGAGUGCUCCGCGCAGUGCGGCCUCGGCCAGCAGCAGCGCGCGGUGCGCUGCACCAGCCACACUGGCCAGCCAUCCCGCGAGUGCACCGAGGCCCUGAGGCCGCCCGCCACACAGCAGUGUGAGGCCAAGUGUGACAGUGUGCCCCCUGGAGAUGGCCCCGAAGAAUGCAAGGAUGUGAACAAGGUCGCCUACUGCCCCCUGGUGCUCAAAUUUCAGUUCUGCAGUCGAGCCUACUUCCGCCAGAUGUGUUGCAAAACCUGCCAGGGUCGCUAGGGGGCGUGCGGCACCUGGAGCCACAACUGAGCACAGGCUAAGGGGGAACCCCACCAGAGAGGGCCGGAGGGGGCGGGAGCUGGGACUGAAGGGUGAGAUGGAGCUGGAAGUUAUUUAUUGGAAACCUCUGCAGGGCCCCUGGUUGGGGGAUGAAGAGGGGCUAGCUACCCCCAGGACCCCUCUUCAGCCCCUUACCCAGUUCAUAGUUUGAUCCCCCCUCCCUGGUGGCUCUAGAGAGGGGAUACCUAUUUGCUCCAGCACCCACCCUUAGGGAGUCCCCAACACUCCCCCACCCUUGAUCGGAAUAUGUACUGUGAAGAGUGGGGGUGGGGAAGGGGUCUGCCAGUGCCCUGCCCCCAGCACUGUUACACCCCUCCGCUCCAGCUGGGAAGGGGGGUUAGAAUCUAGGUCUGAUAUGGGGGAGAAGGGCUAGCACCACCUCCCUGACACCCUCCCCCUGAACUGACCAGGGGGAAAAUCCACCCCAACCUCUGCCCUGCCUGCCCCAACAUCCAGGUCACCCCCAUCAUGGUGCUACAAGCCCUGCCCUGGGGCCCACACAUUCCUCACCAGGAAGCCCUACAUCAAUAAAGUUCUGUCUUAAGUAGAUUUC